CGCGCCUGUUCAGGGGUGACGCUUGAUGAUGACGUAGCAGCCGACUUCCACGGUGCAGCUCUUCUGACUUCUUAAAACCAAAGAAAACAUUUAAUCAACAAAACACACCGUCGGACGAACAGGGUGAAGCUGUAGGUCUGCAGAGAUGCACAACGCAGUGCGUGAAAUCAGCAUCUCAUCGGAGCCUGACUCCUCCUACUUCCUGCAGGUGGACUGGAGGGGGCGGGGCUUAGAUUCAGGCUUCCAGUUGCUGCUGACUGAUGGACAGGAUGCCUGGAGAGGAGACGUGAGCGAGGCAGCAGUGUGCAGCGAGGCGGAGGAGCUGGAGAUGGAGACAGAGAGGUACAUCCAGGACCUCCAGCAGGCGCUGACCGAGACAGAAAACUCCAACACGUACAGCUUCACCCUGACGCCGUCUCCACCCGACCACAGCGCCGCUAUCACACUGGCGUACGAGAAGGUUCAGAAGGACAUCUCUUUCAGGUUGGGUUCUGUUUUGCUGAACGCUGUCCCAGAACCGGCUAAGGCCGUGAGAGAGUUACUGAUUCUCAGUCUGCAGAGGGGAAAUAAACUGGAGCGCCUCAACCAGAAACUAGAGGAGGAGAACCAGAGACUGAGACGAGAACAGCAACGCAUCACUGCAGAGCUGAAGCGCUAUGCUGAUGGCAAAGAAGCCCUGGAGGCAGAGCUGUACUCUCGGUUUGUCCUGGUCCUGAAUGAGAAGAAGGCCAAGAUCCGCAGUCUACAGGAAACUCUCACACACCUACAGGAAACAAGGAGUUCUGAAAAGGUGGGUUCUGUAAAAUCAGACCGAACAGCAGGUCAGGAGGAGGAUGACUAUGGAAGUAGUACUGAUGAAGAGCCAGAGGAAGUGCAGUCAACUCCAGCCUCCGCUUUAUCGUCCCUGCAAUCUUCUACUGCGAAUCCUCUGGACGACAACCUUAAGGACAUCACAGACGUGGCCCCCUGUCGCAAGCGACGCUUUCGUCACCUCGGAGCCCCCGACCAUGCGGUUAAAAAACCGAACACACAGAGCUCCCAGAGAAAGAGGCCGUCCACAGAGAGGAGGAGGAGGAGGAGGAGGAGCAGAAAAUGAAGGGUGUGAAAGAGCCUGAAGAGAAUUAAAUGCAGGCCACAUGUCCAGAAGACACGGAGGACUAAUUAAAGGGAUAGGUUUACACUUUGGGAAAUAAGAGAGUGUGAUAAGAAGAUUGAUCAUUGGUUUGUUAAAUACAGAGCUGGUGUCAGGUUGGUUAGCUUAGCUUAGCACAGAGAUGGCAGCAGAGGGAACGGCUAACCCAGCUCUGUCCAAAGUUCAAAAAUACAAAAACACCCUUUAAAGCGCUUUAAUUAACUAUUAUUAAUUUAAUUUAAUUAACGCUUUAAUUAUGUUGUAUCUGAUUAGAUACUGAUUAGCGCAGCUUCCUGAAGUCUUGUCAUCACAGUGAGGUUAGCCAGAUUUGGCACCAUCAUACCUGUACAGAGACCAAACCCUGUGCUCACUGACCAGAUAUUGAUGAUUCAGCCAGAGGAGGUUCCAUCCAAGUUCUAGAAGUGCUCCAACUGUGAGUCACCUAACUUUGAACGGGACAUUUUCACCCCAUUUGUUCCCAUUUAGCUCUAUAGACAGAGACACUGCUGUAAAGGCCUGGGCGGAUGGAUACACGGUUAUUUGUCAGUUCAAGUAAUAAAACCACAUGGUUUUUACAUUUGUUUGUGUUCAUAAUAAACAAACAAGACCCAUGUUUAUUUGUGAGCUUUAGAGAUGUUGGCAGGGGAACUUUAGACAGAGCCAUGCUAGCUGUUUCCCCCUGCUUCCAGUCUUUAUGCUAAGCUAAGCUAAGCAUGUCCUUACCCCAGCUCCAUACUUGACACAGACAUGAGAUUAAUAUCCAUCUUCUCAUUUCAACGUUGGAAAGGAUGCUAAUAUGUGUACUUUCCAAAAUGUCGAACUAUUUCUGUAACAAGAGUCUUUAUGUAUCUCUAGGUUGAACGCUUCCUUAAAGUCAAGUUUUGAGUUUUGGUUGUCAGGAUCUUCAAGUUCUCAUUUUGACUCAUUGUAGUUCCUGUUAAUGUGACCUUCAGAUCCAAGAGUUUGUGUACUCUGAGGACUUUUUUCCCAUGAACAGAACCACACUCUCUGUCUCCUUUGCACACGGACUGGUUCUGUAAACUAUCAAACACCGCUCCUAGCCAUCACAGAUAAUCGCUACAAGACAUGGGACUGGUACAGCCUUACUUGUGUAGGCUUACUUUAGCUUUAUAGUGGAAUCAGCACAGAGGUUCUGUUGUACUGUCCCCCUCUAACUGAGCUGUAAAAUCAUCACAUUUGUAUAACAUAUGAAAGGAGUUUAUGAUCAGGUUUGCUUAUGGGUCUGUGUUGCUCUCAGAGGAAAUAAUCCAUUACAGCAGUGGUUCCCAACCUGGGGAUUGGGAGCCCCCAAAGGGUCACAAGAUACAUUUCAAGGGUUACAAGAUAAAUGACAAGAUGUGGAAAUAUGUUUUUUUAUUGUGAAUUGGGGAAUAGUGUUACCUCUUCAGGUUUCUAUACAAAUGAAACACAAUAAACAAGUAGACAUGGCUUUGCUUUGAAGAGUCACAAGGCAAAAAUGUUGAAUGAACCAUUGUACUAAAGGGGUCAGUUCACCCAAAUAAAAAACGACCAACUAACAAAGGAAAUAUUUUCUUACUUAAACCUAGUUGUGUCCAUGUAGGUGGUGUUUUUGAAUUGAGAUUUUGAGAUUUUGAACCACUUUCUUCCGAAGGAAUCGUCUCCACGAAAUCUCUUUAAGACCAGUUGGCACAGUGAAGCUUGUCUUCAUGAAAUCUUGGAGACAUAGCUCUAACUGAGCUCUAUGGGCUAGCUAACAUAUAAAACUGUAAUUUAGCAAGCUUGUGAGCUCUGUUGCUAAGAAGACAGUAACUUUAGUUUAUUCAAAAGAUGUUUUUGCUCCAUCAACUCCUGUUUCAUAAUUGAUACAAACCAGGUCUCUGUUUCAAAGCAGUUUAAACUCCAACAGAGGAGCUUAAAAACGUUUACAUUUAUUGAUUUAGCUGACG